CGACAACGAACGAUCGAUAACACCCGAACAAAAAGCUCUCUCACUGUCACUCGUCACGCCGACGCCAUUCUCCGAGUUUUAAUUUUUUCCCUAAUAAUUAAUUUAUUUGCAGCAAAAAUGAAACGGUCCAGAAAUUAGGUGAUUAUUGUGACGGCAAAUUAUUAUGGAAGAAGCAGCAGGGCAUAGAGUUAGCGUUUCGAUGCCUUCAUUAGACGCCACCGACGAUUUUCCCGCUGGAAGUGCCGAAUCGGCAACAACAGAUUCAGUUUUUUCGGGUACUGCAUUGGAAAAUUUGGAUCAAACUGAAAGUCCGUUUUUGAAUAGCGAAAUAUUAACCGAGGAAGCUUUAAAGGAUGAUUUAGACGAGACUCUCGAAGACCAAAAUAAAACCCAGGAAUCGAUUGAGAGCGAGCCUGCUGAAGAUUUAAUUGCAGGCGAGACUGGUCAGACUAUAAUUGAUACUUCUGCUGAGGGACUGGACGAAUCACAAGGUGAUGAAGAUCCAUCAAUUGCCAUAGACCAGUUCAUAAAAAAAAUUGCAGACGAACAACUGAGCUCAAAACGUAUUGAGGAACGUGAAGAAGAAGAAAUUCAAGAAAAAGACGUACCAAUGGCUUUGGAUACUGAUUUAGACGAAACCCCACCAAUUGAGGAGGCAACACAGCAAGAAGACAAACAAGAAGAUUCUAUAAAAGAUACAAAUGAAAAUAUUGAAAAACCAAAAGAACCAGAAUCGAUGGAUAUUGAAGAAGCUGAAGCUGAACAAAAAACAUUAGAAAAAGUUGUAGCUGAAGCUGUAGGAGAAAGCGAGGAGGAGGAUGAUGAUGAUGAACACAUGCCUGAAUCAAUUGAAGAAAUACAAAAAGAAAUUGACAAAAUCCCAGGCAAAAAACUUAUUUCCAAAGCAAAAUCGAAAAAUGAAAAGGAAGAAGUGAAUAAUGGAAUUUGUGAAAUGGAUGAAGAUAUUGAAGAUAUUUUGGCCGGAGUUCAGGAGGAAAAAAAUGUUGGAAAUAUUUUGAAAGUUGCUUUGGAAAAAGAACAGAAAUUACCUACUGCUAAAGAUUCAGCAGAAGUUGCUAAAAAUCCUGAUCUUAUUGAACAAUCUAAAGAGGAACUAUCAAAAUUGGAUAUCUUGAUAUGCGGAGAUUGCCACAAUCCCUUUUAUUUCACUCAGGAGUUUAUUGAACACAAAAAAAGCAAAUGUCCCAAAGUUUCUUCCAUGAUUAAUAACACCUGCGAGGGUGACAAUCAGCAGCAAAUUUGGGGUUAUUGUUUGUGGAAAAGUAAAUAUUUGGAUGAGAAUGAAAAAAAUAAAUCCCCAAAAAAAUCUAAUUGGUUCAUAUAUCAAGCCUGGUGCAACUUGCCACAAGCUGAGAGAACCCCUUGGAUUGCAGCAGGAAUUUCCAUUCAAUUUGCCAGUAAAUUGGCCAACGCUAAUGUAACGGAAAUGAGACCGUCCAAAAUGGUCAAACAGAGCAUUGUGCAAAAAAUCACAAACCCACCGCCACCCCCAGAGUUCAUAGAUAGCAACAAGGAAAACAGUAGCAUUUUCAGCAUCGAUUCGACUGGUAAUAUUGUCAAAAAAGGAGCAACUCCUGCCAGAUCUGUUAAGUUAAAUGAGGUUAGAAUCACUCCUGCACCAAAGAUUCCUCCAACAUCCAGCAAUGAAUCAAUGACAAACUCUGCUCUUCGUUCUGGUAAAAUUGGUGCCAUAAAAGAAGAAUUUGUUGUAGAAAAAAUAAUGGCUAAACGUUUCAACCCCCGAAGAAAAACUUGGGAGUACAACAUCAAGUGGGAAAAUUUCGGACACGAUUCAAACACUUGGGAACCCAUGAACAAUCUCAGCCACUGCAAAAAGUUGCUGGAGCAGUUUGAAGAGCAAUUGAAACGUAUGAAAGAAGAAAAAGCCAAGUCAAGUAUGACACCUAGAACCAAGGGCAGGCCUUCUACCAAAGCAACAAACUUUAACUCUCCAAAAAUAACUAACAUAGUUGGCGGAGUAACUGAAGACUACGGCAGCCCUAGCACCAAACGGCCACAGCGUCACUGCAAACAGAAGGCUUUGAAUCAAGUCAAACAAUGGUGUGACACCAAUUCUGAUGAAGAAGACGAUGAUGCCGGUUUGAAGCGCAAAUACAACAUGGAUGAUGACAGUGACGAUGAUUUUGAAGAUAAAAGAAUCAAAUUGGAAUUUGAAACUGAAGAUUCUGACGAGGCACCUGCUAAAACAAAGAUGCAAAUAAAAAAAAUGCCUUCGACUCCUAGGCCAAUAGCACCGGCUAAAGCUGUCAAAAAUGGCAACAAGAAUACUACACCCCAGCAACCUGUACCAUCGAAUAUUUUGAUUCCAGAUGCCAAUGGUGUUGUGAGGAUCAAUCAAAAACAACUACCCUCCUUGAAAAGUGGGGUGUAUAUAAUGUCAAAGACGGCUGGUAUUAUUAAACUAGACUCCAACACUUCUAAAAUGGCCACCAGUGGGGGACAAACUGUUGUUAAAGUUUUGCCCAAAAUUGGUCAGUCUCAUGUUAAGGUUGUCAGUAAGGAUGGGAAGAAGGAAAUUGUUGGACAGGCUUCGGCGACUCCAGUGAAAAUUAGUCAGGCUAGUGCUGUCAAGGCUUCAACACCAAGAAUAACUCCAAAGUUGCGUCAAGAAACUAAAAGAACGCUGUCUCCUAAUCUCCAAUCAGCAAAGAUGCUCCUUAAAAAAAUCGAGGAAAUAAAUCCUAAAAAACCAACAGAUGAAGAAGAAUCUGAUGAUGGCUUGGAACCUCUACCGUUCCCUGCUCCAGACGAACCAAUACCGCCCCUAGAAGAAGAAGAAAAGAAUGAUGACUUCGUUUUAGAUCCAGAAACAGGAAAAAUUGCAGGCAUAGAAUACGUAGAUAAACCUGUGGUAAUUAAAAAAGAACCGCAAAUUGAACCAGCCACAACUACAGAACUGGAAAAUAUUGUCAAAAUUGCCGCGGCUGAAUUGUCAGAUGAUGAUUUCGAUGCAGGUAAUGACAGUGACGACUCUUCGCUUCAAAUAAAAGAGGAAACGCCCGCUAAAGCUACCCCCAAAACUGACUUUGUGGAAAGAACCGUGGUAGACACUUCACAACGAGGAAUUCGCAAAAUUAUCAAAUACACUGUAUCAAAACCAAGCAGCACUCCUACAGUACUCAACAAAUAUGUUGGACAAGGCCAAGUUACAGCUAAACCAAAACCAAUAGCCAGACCGCAAGCCCAAGGGGUACGCCCACCGCAAAAGAUCAUCAACCAAAUGAUAACGCAACCAAAAAUGAACCAGCAUCCGCAAAUUAAAACCGUAUACCGGCAAGCGAGCGACUCCCCAAGGCCCGGUACCAACGUAGUCCGCAAAAGUAUGCCAGGAGGACCCACGCAAAUGAACAGACCCAGAAAUAAUUUGGUGUCUAAGCCUUUGCCGUCUCCUUUGCCGCCUACUAGGACUUACUCAGCAAUGGGCGGUAUCAGGCAGACCAAUCGGGUGCAAGCUGAUAAGGGAGUUGCAGGUUCGCCUGCAAUUAGGAGGGUUGCAAAUACGAUUGUCAGAGCAUCGCCAUCUGGCAACGUGGUAAGACAACAAGCACCCCAACAGCAACAGACUCCAACUCAAAGACCGCAAGUGACUAGAAUAGUACAAAGAUCAAUCAGUCCUCAAAAAAAACCAGUGGCUCAACAACAAGUGCUAAGCACCGUUAAGCAAAUUCAAAAUAAACCAAUGACAACUCCUGUCAAAUCUAAAACAGUGAUUAACAUGCCCAGUCUCAUGGAAGAAGAUUCUCCUCUGUCUCCGCCGCCUAAAGCGCAACCCAAACCAAGUCCGCAACGUUUGCAACCGAAACCUGUUGCCCAACCAAAGCCUGCAGUGGCACAACCAAAACCCCCACCAUCUCCAGUCAAAAAAGAAGAGCCGUCAUUGUUAAAAACUGAAGAAACUCCAGCAGUUGACGAAACCAGCCAACCGGAAGUCUUGGACACUGCACUGGAACAAGAGGAUUGGUCUUCUUUCACUAUGAAUGAUGGCGAAAAUCCGAUUUUCGUGACCGGGGACGACGGAACCGUUUAUCAAGUGGCUGGACAAAACGACGAGGGGCAAACGAUUUUGCUUACUCAAGGACCAGAUGGGCAGCAACAGUGUCUUUUGGUCAGCAACGAAAUUGGAGAAAUGAUUGGAGAGGAGGAACCGCAACCUAGUACUAGUACUGCUAAUGUGGUUCCUGCUGAACCUGAAGUAGCUAUGGAAGAAGUCAUGGCUGUAGAUCAGACUCUACAAAUAGAAACACCUUUGGACUUUAAAACAGAUGCAUUGGAACCAAUUGAUGAUCAAGUUGUAGCGCAAGUUGUUCAAGCUGAUCCACUCAGUCCUGGCGGUACUCAUAAAGUGGUCGUCAUGCUUCCAGAUGGCAGUUUCAUGCUAACCAAAGUGACGCCGGAAGAAUAUGCUAAUUUAGAAAUUAGUACUUGAAUUUAUUGGCUUUUUGAAAGUUUUUUCAUGUUAGUAUUUUAUUAUAAGGGAAACUCAUUUUGUAAUGAGUUUUUGUUUUUCAUUUAUUGUACAAAAAAAUAAUAAACUAUUCUAAUCUGGUAGCAUUUUAGAGUUUUUAAUAAUUUUAGGCACACAUAGCUGUUGGAAAAUACAUUUUUUUUUUCUUGUUUUGAGACUGUUCAUUUACUAAGGUAAUGGGCUCACUAUUGUAAAAAAAAAAAUAUUUUGUUUUCGAAAUUGUACUAUAACAUUAUGGGUUUGUACAUACAUAUUUUUUAUUCUAUUUAGAUACCUAUGAUGGUUGUAGGUAAAAUACAAUUUUCAAUAAAUGUUUUUUUUAGAAUUAGAA